ACACGGUGUAGAUGCUAACUUCCUGCUUCUCUUGGGUCUGUGCAUGUUGUUAGCGUGUUAGCGUCAGCUGUCGUUAAAGGCUAAUAACUAACUGAUUACACUGAAUUAUUCAUUGUUGAAGAGGGAUCGACUCUAAGUUUAUUCAGGACUUAACGUUUUUGGAGGAGUACCUCAGCUAACUACAAGUUAACUUUCUGUUACUUCCAACGAAGUUAGCCUUGAAGAGCUAACUUGCUAACUAUCGUUAAAGAUGUUCAGUCCUAAAACUCAGACCUCUCUGCUUCACUUCAUCUGUCUCCUCACUUUUACUGGAAUAACACGGGGACAAUCACACGGGUCAGUUGUCAAAGUGGUUGAUGGGCGUCAGGCCAUCUUACCCUGUUCCCUCGGCCCCGAGCAGAACAUCCAGCAAAUGGUCUUUGACUGGAAGAAAGAUGGUGGGAAGGAGGUGUUCUUCUACGAUGCUGGCAUUCAUUACAACAACGGCCGUUCAGGUCAGGAUGAGCAGUUCAAAGGACGCGUCUCACAUUUUGAAGAACAACUGAGGCACGGCAACGCUUCCAUAAUGAUCCGAAACACAAAGGUGGCCGACAGUGGAAACUACACCUGUGUUUUUCCACUUCUCAAGCCAGAAAGAAAAACAUUCAACAUUGAACUUAUUGUUGACUUUGAGGUGAGAGAUCGUUCAGCAGAAAUCACAGGUGCAGCUCCAGCUCCAUACAUCCGGAUCCUUAAUGCCACAGACGCUGGGGUUCUGCUUCAGUGUGAGGUUCGAGGUGCUUCUCCAAAGCCGAAGGUCGAGUGGCAAGACAGUGAUGGGAACGUUCUUCCUGCUGAGGAGCCACAGGUGUCUGAAAGCGGAGGCCGCUACAACGUCACCCUCCGCACCACUGUAACCAAGACAACAAGCAACCACUUCCACUGUGUAGCCAAGCAGGAGGACUUCGGUCACAGGAUUGAAGGCGACAUCUAUUUGCCAGAGAAACUCUUUGAGGACAGGUCCCUCUACGUAGCGAUUGGAUUCAUAGGUGGAUGGUUUUUUGGAAUUCUGACUCUGGCAGUGGCUCUGGCUCUAUGUGUAUACACAAAACACAACUCGAAACGCUUGCUGAAAGGUUUUUUCCAGCGGAGAAACGGUUCUUCAGAGGGGAUAUUUGCACCAGUUCAGUCAGCUUCUUGUUCUGGUUCCAGUCCUGCAGAGGAGCCUCUUAGAUCAGUUCAGUCAGCUCCCUGUCCUGAUUCCAGUCUUUCAGAAGAGCCACUUGAAUCAGGUAGUGCUUGUUGGCUGUACAUCUGUAAUCAGUGAGUGCAUGUAUAGAGGAUCUUUCUCAGUGGUCAGUCAAUGGUUGGAAUGACAGAGUGGUUUUGAUAAAACACGUUACAUUACAGUAUACAAACAGUCCAGACCUUAAGUUGGACAGUGAGACAUUUUUCCUUUGAGCCUCAGCACAUUCAACUAUAAAUAAACUACAGUAUCCUACAGUAAAGGUUCAGAUAAGUGUAGAAAGAGCUGUGUGGCAGCUACAGGUCUCUGAUAGAUUGGUGCUUUUUUUUAAUCUUCAUUAUCAUCUUCAUCACUUACAUGGUCACCUCUUUGCGCCUGAUAUUGACAGACAGCUCCACCUCAUUCUAAAAACCAAGUGUCAGUCACCUCUGAGGUAUGAGUGAGCUCUUCUAUGCACUGCACACACUAACAUUGAAAUGACAUACAACUGCCCCAAAAAACAUCUGUCAUAGAAAAUGAAUGAGAUAAAGUUAAGGUGAAUUACAAUAAGUAAUUUAAAUUAUACAGAUGGACUCAAACCUAAAAGUUAAGUGGGGCUCAGACCAAAGGCGUCGGCCACUGAGUGAUCAGAGGACCUGUUAGACCUGCUGGUCCCUCGCUCUCAGGUUCAUGAUAAAAUCAGCAGAAUAGGAUUCGUCGUUUUUUUUUUUUUGUGCCUUAAAACAUCAGGAAAAAAUACAGCUUCUGCUGGUGACACGAGGCAAUAAUGGUUGAUACAGUUUCCACUUGUAAAAUUGGCUAAAAGCCACCAUCAGCAUUUAGUAUAAGCUGUGAGCAUUGUUCAGCUUCAGCCUGAAUAAAGAUGAAUGUUAUUUAUGUUAUAGUUCAGAUGAAGAGACAGAAACUAUAUUUCAGAACUGAGACUAAGAAAUGAACUGAACGGGAAUGUUCCCAGUCACUUGGAUUUUAGAGAAAAAAAUGGUGAUAAAAUCACAGCUUUAAUUUUUUAAAAACGUCUUUAAAGUGCCAGGAUGCUACUGAACUAAUGCUUGUAAAUAUUUUAUAUCUUUAUGUGAAGAUUUUUAAAGUGUAAAAUUGAAUAUAAUUAUGAAGUUACCUGUUUAUAUUCUAGACUCUGAUGUUUUUUUUUACAUGUUACUGGUACUGUUCAAACAGUACGAUCCUGAUUGUGUUAUGAGAGACUGUUUCAUACAUAAAGACAAUUAUGCUUUCUCAUUAAGGCUUUGUGUGUGUGUGUGUGUGUGUGUGUGUGUGUG